AAAACCUCCUUUUACCGUUGAUCAUUUAAAUACAAAUGUUUUCAAUGAUUAUUUGUAUACAGGAGAUCCAUUAAAUCCCCAGGUAGGGGACAUAAGAGUGUCUUUUUAUGGAAAUGCCUCUACGCAUGCCACUGUUAUAGGGGUUCAAACAUCUAGACUACUGAAUAGUAUUUUUGAAAUUGAAGGCGUGAAUUUAUUGAAACGAAAUAUAGUUUUAGUAUCAGAAGAAAACAGAAUGAUGAUUAAUAAGACCAAACAUUUUAUAAAUAAAAAUUAUGGAAAUAUAACUUCUUUGUGGUUUUUUAGAAUAAUUACAUAUUUGAUUCUCUGUACAGAAAUUUAUUAUAUAUUGAUAGGAACAUCAAACAACCUUAUGUGGAGAAUUGCUGUGAGUUGUUCAACUUCUUCCAUAAUAUUAACAAUUUUCCCAUGUGUGUUUUGGAUAUUUUGUGAUACUGCCAUUUUUUUAUUUUUAUUAAUUUUUCUUUUUAUCAUGUCAUUAUUUCUAUUAUAUAUUUAUAAUACUGAAAUAGAAAAGGAUUAUAAGGAACUCAAAAAUUAUAUGAAGAAACCUGUUAGGGAUACUACAAAUUAUACAUUUUUAAAUGUGACAGAUACUUGUACUGGGGCAUAUGAAGAAUUUAAUUAUGGAAAAAAUAAAAUUAAUAAUAAUAACCUGGAAUCAAAUAGUGACGUUUCCUAUACCCUUUCACUUAGCAAACACCCAGGAGGGAAGUUUGAAUCAUCCCCUGCAUAUAUAUGA